GUCGCUCACCGUAAUCAAAGCAAAUCGCAACAUUCAGUUUUAUAUUGUGGACUAUAAAAGUCCUCAGGAUAUUAUUCAUCUCAGAGAAACAUUCGGAAGGACGCAGAGAAGCAGAUGAGGGUUAUUUUGUUGGCAGGUGCGGUGAUAAAAGCCACAUGUCACUGGAACCCAAAGUGGUUUACAUGCAUUAUAUUGUGAGCUGGGAGGAGGAGGUAAAGGCAAUCUCAGCUUUGAGGGCUCUGCUGUCUGCAAGGAAAUUACAUCCUUAAACCUCACACACAAAACUCUGCAGGAAACUUUCCUAGUCCAGUCAGUCAGACUAAGAGGGGGAAGCAGUGUGGGUGCCUCCUUACUCAGAAGAAUUGGAAGACCAGGCGAAAGAGGCUGAGAAACAAUAAACUCUCCUGGAAGGAACCGUCUCCUUGGAACUUAAAAAAAUACAUUUGAAGUGUUUCGGCUGAAAAGAGACCUUUAUUUGACGCUUAAGAAAAGGAUAUCCCCUGGAAUAAUGAAAACCUUACUUCUCCUGUGCGCUUGGGUGAUCCUCUGCAACGCCCUGCCUUUUGAACAGAGAGGAUUCUGGGACUUUUCCAUGGAUGAUGGAUUUGCAAUGAUGAAAGAUGAGGCCGCUGAGGAUGGCUCAGGCUUUGGUACAAUUCCUAAUGCCUCACUACCCACAGGCCGAACAAACAUACCUGGCUUCGACAUAUGUCCGUUUGGGUGCCAGUGCCACUUGCGUGUGGUACAGUGCUCUGACCUGGGUCUGAUAAGUGUGCCCAAAAACAUUCCCAAGGACACCACCCUCCUGGACCUACAGAACAACAAAAUAAUGGAAAUAAAAAAAGACGAUUUUAAGGGACUUACCAGCCUAUACGCCCUGGUUUUAGUAAACAACAAAAUCUCCAAAGUUAACGAGAAGGCUUUUGAACCAUUGCACAAGCUGCAAAAGUUGUACAUUUCAAAAAACAACCUUGAGGAGAUUCCAAAGAGCCUGCCCAAAUCCUUGGUGGAACUACGGAUUCAUGAAAACAACAUCAAAAAGAUUCCAAAGGAUGUCUUCAAUGGACUCAAAAACAUGAACUGCAUCGAAAUGGGAGGAAACCCUCUUCAGAAUGGAGGCAUUGAAGCUGGAGCUUUCGACGGUUUGAAACUGAAUUACCUGCGAAUCUCAGAAGCUAAAUUGUCAGGCAUCCCUAAAGGUCUCCCCAGCAGUCUAAACGAGCUCCACCUUGACCACAACAAAAUCCAGGCGAUUGAAAUGGGAGACUUUAGCCAGUAUCCAAGUUUAUACAGGCUAGGACUGGGGUACAAUACCAUCAGAAAUGUAGAGAACGGCAGCCUCUCCUCCCUCCCUAUCCUGCGAGAGCUCCAUCUGGACAAUAACAAGCUCUCCAAGGUCCCCCUAGGACUGCCCGACCUGAAGUUCCUACAAGUCAUCUACUUGCACUCCAACAACAUCACCCAGAUUGGCGUCAAUGACUUCUGCCCAGUGGGAUUUGGCGUGAAGCGCGCUUACUACAAUGGAAUCAGCCUCUUCAAUAACCCGGUUCCUUACUGGGAGGUGCAGCCCGCCACCUUCCGCUGCGUCACUGACCGCUUGGCCAUCCAGUUUGGAAACUACAGGAAGUAAUUUGGGGGCGUUUCACCAAAGUACCUAAGGAAGUGAUGGAGCGAGAGAGAAAAUGCGAUGAAGAGAAGAAUCCAACUAGAGUGAAAACAAUAAAAUAAAGAAAUAAAAAUAAAAAAUAAAUCCAGUGAUGCGCCACGAGACAGUGUGUAAAGCGGUAACUAAAUCCCGCGCUUUAGGUAACGUUCCUGUGCUGCCUAAAUUCUGGCACAACUGUAUAAGUAACCAGAAUGUAAUUGCAGGUAGGUAGUAGCUGCACUAAACCUGUAUAGCCAUAAUUCUGUAACCCCUUACUGGUGAGCUUAUUAGCCGACCUGUAGCUCUCCAAAUGGUAAAGAACUACUGCUCCCAGGAUGCUUCUUUCCCGGGCCUGCAAUUGGACGCCCAUCUUUGGUUUAUUGUACUGAAAGUACAUAAAUCACGUAACAUAUGUCCCAAGACAUGAUCCAAUUCCAAACACAAUCGAAAGUUCCUUUGUUUACUAACACACACUAAAGAGACCUGGAUGUCAGCGGUCUUCUGAGACUUUAUCGCCAUCUGUGUACAGUAUAGUCAGGCAGCAACGCAUUGGUGAUGUAUAAACAGCUUGCAUCCAAUACCGCACAGGUUAACCUUUGCACAUUGUCAUUACGUAUCGUGUACAGUAAAAUGACAAUCGUUUUGUAAUCAGCACACACAUUCCUUAUAACAGAUGGGACCAGUGUGGGUCUUGGUAAAUUACUUGACACUUUAGAAUAAAAUUUACCACCCCACAGAAUCUUCUUGCUUCAUUUUUCCAUUUUUAUUAAUUAUUUUAAUGCUCGCCUAUGACACAAACACACUCCCUGUGCUUUGCAGGGCAAGGCACGGCGGGCUCUCUCCGCCGUGGAAGAGUUAAACUCCAUUCACGGUGCAGUGCAUAGCAUUUAACUCCUUCCCUGCCAGUUUGGAGCGCCCUUCUGGUGGUAAAGGGAUUAAGAAGCCUGCAAUAAUGGCACAGCACUUUAGUUACCCCUAAUUCAUGCAGGAUCAUGCAAACAGCAUUAAAAAACAGCAUGCAAAAUUAGUCAGCUUUACUUUAAUUGUGUGCUUUUGUAAAUUGCUUCCAGAAUGGAUCAGUGGAGUAACACUGCCACCUAGAGGAAAUAAAUGGCGUUGCUCCGAAAGCAGGGCGCUCGCUAAAAAAAAAAAAAAAAAAUGUGAUGGAAUUAAAAGUGAAACACUUUAAAUAUUUUAUGUACCUGUUUUUGUAAUCACCAGCUACAGUAUCAAAAAUGUGUUGGUUUGUUUUGUCUCGCAUACAGAAACACAGUGUUAAUGAAUAAAUGGUUUUUUUUUUUGGUUUUUUUUUAUGUAUUACAAAUAAUAAAAUCAGCUGUGGAUACUUUCGGACAACUUUAGGAAUUUGUAUUACAGUUUAAUCAUAUAUUUUUUUUAUUUCUUACAAUCAAAUUAUGAUAUAUUAAAAUAUUGCCAUUCUGCCUUA